AUGGAAAAAAUCGAGGAAAAAUCCAAACACACAUUUACUAUUGAUGAUAAAUAUUCAGUCAACAAUGAUAUAUACAAAUUAUAUAGUCACAACCCACAUUCAAUUGAUAUAAAUAAAAAAUUAAUAAAGGAAAUCAUUCAAAGCUAUCUUUCAGAGGAUGACAUCAAAAUUAUUUCGAGUACACUAAGAUGCCUUACAUUAGUAUUUCAAAAUUCUUCCUCAUCUAACUGUCCAUUCACAAACUCAGAAGUAUUAGAGAUUAUUAAUCAAUUUACAUCUCAAGAAUUUUUACAAGGAAAGCCAAUUCUUCAUGAAGCAAUUCGACUAGCAGCAGUUUGUACCAAAAACAAAAAGUUUGUACAAGAUAUGAAUGAAUACGCUUGUAUCAAUCUUUUUCGGGACCUUGCUUUAAAAAUUAACAAUGAUUCCAUGAUUUCAUUAUCAUUAAACGCGAUCAGUAAUAUAAUAUACUAUAAAGACGUAACAGAAGAUACAAUAACAUCACUAUUAAAUGGAACAAAUGAUAUUUUGAAAAAAGUCUACCUAGACAAUAAAUAUUACUAUCCUGAUGCAUUAUUUUCUCUUUUACACUUGACAAAGAUGAUAAUAGAUCAAUAUAAUCCAGCAUUAGAACUUUCACAACACAAAGUUAUUCAAUUUUUACCAAAUUUCUUCGGACUGGAUUCCGAAAUCGUUAUCAAAGCUAGUAUCAGUCUUUGCGAAACAUUGUAUCGAAUGGAUCUUGAUAUUGAUUCAGAUUCAAUUGUAUUAAUUUGUAGAUUGUUUAUUCGUGGAAAAUCUAAAUAUAGAGCGGCAUCAAUCAGAGCUAUCAGUGCAUAUUUUCACCAUUUUCCUGAUUGUUUAUUUAAUUUAGAUCAAAUUUCUUAUUCUGAUGAAGGAAGUAUCUUUGAUUUCCUUUAUAGAAAUGUUUUGCAAAUUAUCAGUGAAGGACCAUUUAGUUUGUCUUCUUACGCGAUUUCUAUUUUGUAUUCUAUCUUGGAGUCUGAUGUUUCUAUAUUAGAAAAGAACGGAGAUUUGAUUGUAACUUCUUUACAGAAUGUUUUACUCGGUGUAG